UUGGUCGGCGCCGGAAAAACUUCCUGCAUUUGCUGCGGAUCCCGGGCUACCUUUAGAGUAGGGCUGACGCCGCGUGAGUAGGAUUGUAUGCUAGACCGGUGUCCGCCGCCACGAAUGGCGAGGGAUCUGAUCGGGCCGGCGCUGCCUCCCGGCUUCAAGGGCCGCGGGACAGCGGAGGAAGAGGAGCGAGACCCCAGCCCUGUUGCAGGACCAGCUCUGCCCCCAAAUUAUAAAAGCAGUAGCUCAGAGUCAUCAGACAGCGAUGAGGACAGUAGUUCAUUGUACGAAGAAGGAAAUCAAGAAUCUGAAGAAGAUGACACUGGUCCAAGUGCAAGAAAACAGAGGAGAAGUCAGGAUGACGACGACGAUGAUGAAGGGUUUUUUGGACCAGCUCUUCCUCCUGGAUUUAAAAAGCAGGAUGACUCUCCUCCAAGGCCUAUAAUAGGUCCUGCAUUACCACCUGGUUUUAUUAAAUCUACGCAGAAAAGUAACAAAGGCAGAAAUGAUCCCGGACAACAAGUAUCAUCCUAUUUCAACUAUGAGGAAACAGAUAGCAGUGAAGAUGAGGACAUUGUUGGACCCAUGCCUGCAAAAGGACCAGUCAACUACAGCGUGACAACAGAGUUUGAAAAAAGGGCCCAGCGAAUGAAAGAAAAACUGACCAGAGGAGACAAUGACUCCUCUAAACCAAUUACAAGAGAGUCAUGGAUGACUGAGCUUCCUCCAGAAAUGAAAGACUUUGGUCUUGGGCCCAGAACUUUUAAGAGACGAGCCGAUGACAAAUCUGGAGAUCGGUCGGUCUGGACAGACACCCCGGCUGACAGGGAGAGGAGAGCUAAGGAAACACAAGAAGCAAAGAAGUCCUUCAGUAAGAAGGAUGAUGAACAUGUAUUGUCAGGAAGGGAAAAGAGAUUGGCUGAGCAAGUAUCCUUAUACAAUGAAUCAAAAAGAUCAGAAUCCCUUAUGGACAUUCAUCAUAAGAAAUUAAAGAAUAAGGCUGCCGAAGAGAAAAGUAAGCCCCAAGAAAGAAUACCAUUUGACCGCGAUAAGGAUCUCAAAGUUAACCAGUUUGAUGAAGCUCAGAAAAAAGCUCUGAUCAAGAAAUCUAGAGAACUAAACACCAGAUUUUCACACGGCAAAGGCAGUAUGUUUUUAUAAGGGGAUUUCCCUGUGCAAUGAAGAAAAGUUGAAGAAUACUCUUUUAUCUGUCUGUCCACCUUUAUUCCUCCGUUUUGAGUUUCUUAAGAUUGGAGAGUACUUUAGUCUUAAAAACCGUACAAACUUA